AUGUCGUGCUUGCGAAUGCUGUGUUUUGGCGACAACGAGAAUCAUCAGUUGGGAGUACACACUUCAACAGAUUUUGAUCGGAGGAAUGCAAUUCUCUCAGCCAUGCAUCUAUCAUCACUUCGGAUGGCUGGUAGUCAAUUAAUAGAACAUGAUCAUAACUCAUUUUGGACUCCCGAAGAACAAGAAAAGUGUAAAGUCCAUGUUAUAAAUACUACAAGGGUAUUCAAUGGACAAACCAUUCGAAAAGUGAUAUGUGCGAAUAAGAGAACAUUUUUCAUUACAGAUUCGUAUAAAGUGUAUGGUUGUGGAUUGAAUGAUUUUAAUGUAUUGCCAGUUUCUUCUUCAAUAGCAAAUACUUCCGAAAUUAUUGCCAAUCACGAAAGUAGUAAUAGCACCACCACGCCCAAUCAAAGUAAUACCAUUGGCAAUACCUCACAUAUUAAUUUACAUCAAACAAAAAAACGAAAAAAACACAUCACAAAACCAACUCUCUGUGAUCUUCUCAAGGAAGAUAUUGUUGAUAUUAGUUGUGGAAUUUUUUAUAAUAUUUUCAUUUGUAGAAGAAGUCGCGCCAUGUACGCCUGUGGGAAUAAUAGCUUUGGACAGUGUUCUCUGCCCAUUGAGGAAGGUUUACAAAAAUCGAAUAGAAUUCCACAACUUGUGGAUUUAUCCUUGUUAAAACCAACAAGUAAGGAGAUUGUACAAGUGAGUUGUGGAUUCAAUCAUACUCUCUUGUUGACAAAUGAUAGAAGAGUGUACGUGACUGGUUCGGCAGAGAAUGGAAAGCUUGGAUUCGAUCCUACCGAUAACUCUAUACAGGAUAUAUUGGUGGAUGGAGUUGUGAGUAAUUUUAAUUUACUUGCUUGCAAGAAACUUGACUCUAAAACAGUUCAAGUAGAAACGGGAACAAAUUGGUCUCUCUUCCUCACACAAGAGGGCCAUGUCUAUUUUUGUGGACAAAGUAAGCUAUUCAUUGACCAAGUAUAUGUACCAACGAUUGUGACCACAGUGAAACCUGUUUCAAAGAUUGCUUCAGGAAAUUACCAUGGAUUCUUUGUCUUCCGUGAAGGUCAAUCGGAAUGUGGUUUGGCAGGUUUUGGUCGAUUCAUUGAAGGUCAACUGGGACAAAGGAUUCCAAUUACAAGAGACAAAAUUGAUGGAACCUCAUUGAAAGAUGUGAACCUUCCAGGUGAGCUCGCUCUAGCUUUUGAAACAAUCUCGAUAGGAGACUUUCACGCUGUUUGUACUACAACCAUGAAUGAGGUGUUUGUGACUGGCUCGAACUUGUUCAAUCAGUUAGGAUUCUACGAAGAUACUAGUAUGAGAGAGACAAAUCUCAGUGAACCUGUAGUGACUUGUUUCACGAAAUUACCUCGUCACUACACGUAUCAAGAUCUCAACAUUAGUAAGAAUUUUCGUACUCGAGUGAGCUGUGGUGAUAACCAUACGUUUAUUUAUUUCAUUUCAGAGAACAAUAAUAGUGUGAUGGCUCAAUUUACAAUGGGUCUACUUUCAUCCUCAGCCUUCCAAGAUAUUGCUUUGGUCUGUUCUCGUAAAACAAGCACCUACGAUGAGGUUUAUCCAUCCACUCGUCUUCCCCACGAAGGUCCAACGAAAAAGAAGAAACUUUAA